GGGGCGAGCCGCCGGCAGCCCGUUGCACGGAGGAGUAGAGGUUUGCACGGCUGGGAUUGCACCGCGAGCGAGACGUGCAAAGCAGCCAGCCGGGGGCGGGGGGGAUCUGCCAGCCCGAGACACCCACCCAGCGCUGCCAGCCCAGCCCGGACCAUGAAAGCCAUCAGCCCGGUGCGGUCCGUCAGGAGCUGCUACGAAGCCGUGUGCUGCCUGUCGGACCAGAGCCUGGCCAUCGCCCGGGGGAGCCCCGGCAAGAGCUCGGCGCUGGAGGAGCCCAUGAGCCUGCUCUACGACAUGAACGAUUGCUACUCCAAGCUGCGCGAGCUGGUGCCGGGCAUCCCGCAGGGCACCAAGCUGAGCCAGGUGGAGAUCCUGCAGCACGUCAUCGACUACAUCUUCGACCUGCAGAUCGUGCUGGAGGAGCAGGCGAAGGGCCAGGACCCGUCCGCCGAGACCUCCCUCCUCUCCCUGAAGGCCUCUGAGCUCGCCUCUGAACUGUGCUCGAAAGACGAGAGACGUUUGUGCCAUUAAUGUCCCGUCCGCCCCACCAGACUGCAGGUGUGGGAUCACAACACUUGGUUCUCUCCAAGGGAGGAGAAGAGAGACCUUCACUUGGAAAGGAUCAGACUUCAGCCCCAUGCAUCCAAUAAUGGAGGGACCUCAGCCUUUAUCUUCCAGAUAUUGUCUGUGGAGCAUGUGGCACAAGGCAUUGGAUGCUUGGCUGGUUUUUCAGUACUGUUUCCGCUUCCCCACUCUGCUUCUCUUGCCUGAAAGUAAAUCUCAACAGGCCAGGAAAGACUAUGAUGCGGCCCCCUCCAUCCUCCAACUAAAUGGAUCUGAACUCUUGACUGUUUGAAUUUUAACCGCCUCAUUGCACAAGGGCAAGAAAUGCUGGGAACUCCUGACUCCUUGAGCCUCAUCUGCGCUGUAAGAUCAGUGUUUUAUGUUCGCAGAAUCCCAAGCGUGCUAGACUGGCUCCCUAGUCAUUAUAUAGAUCUCUUUAAAACGUGGCUGGCUGUAAAGGAGACCACAACAUGCUUUAAAAAGACUUGCAGAGAUGCAGUUGUAUGUAUAUUUUGGAUUAUAGUGUGAUUUUAAAAAAAAAAAAUCCUUAAGGGGGGCUGGGUAGGGGUUAAUACCAACAAGAAUUUCAAAACUGAGCUGUUCUGGGGCUGUGGCCUCAUGUUUAUUGUUGAACUCUAUAAUAGAGUAUAACGUUUGUACCUUUUUUGCAGGAAGGUGAAUUUCUGCGAUCAUGCAUUGUACUUGCUUUAUAAACUUUUUAUAAAAGUUAAAAGUUUUUACAUAAUAAAA